GGCACAUCCGGGCACUGGGGCAGGAUGAGCGCUCCUUUCCAAGAUGGCGGCGGAGGGAGGUGGGAAGGAGAUGAACGAGAUUAAGACCCAGUUCACCACCCGGGAGGGGCUGUACAAGCUGCUGAGCCACUCGGAGUACAGCCGGCCUAACCGCGUGCCCUUCAACUCGCAGGGCUCUAACCCCGUCCGCGUCUCCUUCGUCAACGUCAACGACCAGAGCGGCAACGGGGACCGGCUCUGCUUCAAUGUGGGCCGGGAGCUCUACUUCUACAUCUACAAGGGGGUCCGCAAGGCUGCGGACUUGAGUAAACCAAUAGACAAAAGGAUAUACAAAGGAACACAGCCUACAUGCCAUGACUUCAAUCACUUAACAGCCACAGCAGAAAGUGUGUCUCUUCUAGUGGGCUUCUCUGCAGGCCAGGUCCAACUUAUAGAUCCUAUUAAAAAAGAAACUAGCAAAUUAUUUAAUGAGGAAAGACUAAUAGACAAGUCCCGAGUAACCUGUGUAAAAUGGGUACCAGGUUCGGAAAGCCUUUUCCUAGUAGCUCAUUCCAGUGGCAAUAUGUACUUGUAUAACGUGGAGCACACUUGUGGUACCACAGCCCCGCACUACCAGCUACUUAAACAAGGAGAGAGUUUUGCAGUGCAUACUUGCAAGAGUAAAUCCACAAGAAACCCUCUGCUUAAAUGGACAGUAGGUGAGGGUGCCCUGAAUGAAUUUGCCUUUUCCCCCGAUGGGAAGUUCUUGGCGUGCGUGAGCCAGGAUGGUUUUCUUCGCGUGUUUAACUUUGAUUCAGUGGAAUUGCAUGGUACAAUGAAAAGCUACUUUGGAGGACUGCUGUGUGUGUGUUGGAGCCCUGAUGGGAAAUACAUAGUGACAGGCGGAGAGGAUGACUUGGUGACAGUUUGGUCUUUCGUGGACUGUCGAGUUAUAGCGAGAGGCCACGGACAUAAAUCGUGGGUCAGUGUCGUUGCGUUUGAUCCGUACACCACUAGUGUAGAAGAGAGUGACCCGAUGGAAUUUAGCGGAAGUGACGAGGAUUUCCAAGACCUUCAUUUUGGCAGAGAUCGAGCAAAUAGCACGCAAUCUAGACUAUCCAAAAGGAACUCUACAGACAGUCGUCCAGUAAGUGUUACGUAUAGAUUUGGUUCAGUAGGCCAGGACACACAGCUCUGUUUGUGGGAUCUUACAGAAGAUAUCCUCUUCCCCCACCAACCUCUCUCAAGAGCAAGGACACAUACAAAUGUCAUGAAUGCCACAAGCCCACCUGCUGGAAGUGGUGGAACUAACCCAGGAAGUAAUGGAAACAGUAUCACAACACCUGGAAACUCUGUACCCCCUCCUCUUCCACGGUCAAACAGCCUUCCACACUCUGCAGUCUCAAAUGCUGGCAGUAAAAGCAGUGUCAUGGAUGGUGCCAUUGCUUCUGGCGUUAGUAAAUUUGCAACCUUGUCGCUACACGAUCGGAAGGAAAGACACCAUGAGAAAGAUCACAAGAGAAACCAUAGCAUGGGACAUAUAUCUAGCAAGAGCAGUGACAAACUGAACCUAGUUACUAAAACCAAAACGGACCCAGCUAAAACUUUGGGAACACCUCUCUGUCCCCGAAUGGAAGAUGUUCCCUUGUUAGAGCCUCUUAUCUGUAAAAAGAUAGCACAUGAAAGACUGACUGUGUUAAUUUUUCUUGAAGACUGUAUAGUCACUGCUUGUCAGGAGGGAUUUAUUUGCACAUGGGCAAGGCCUGGUAAAGUGAUUCAGCAGAACACAGACAUGGCUGUAUCUAGAUUCUCUCUGCACACCUGUCCGGUAGGAGCUGGGGCAGAGUGUCGUCAUUCCUUCUAGGACUCUACAGGAGCUCUUUCCUCUGUGGACUCUGGUGCAGGGUAUGUUCUUUAUUCCAGCUUUAGAUCUUGGUGUUUACCUAAUGAUUGCUGAAUUUACAGCCCUGAGGAUAUGGCUCAUAUAGAUGAUUCAAGCAUUUUCUGUCUAGAAGAAAAUAAUCUAGAAUGAAACUCAUCUAAACUAAAAUAAACUAGUCUAAAACUUUGGUUGGAAAAUUUCUUGGAGCAAAUUUAGGUGAAGACUUCAGAUGUUGUCUUUUCUUUUGAGGGGCUAGGCGUUAUCUCACCUUUGCAGCGGUGAUUCUUUGUUAACAAAGAAAAGCCAAACAAAUGCUAUUUACUGAGGUGUUUCAGAGGCAUUUCUGAGGAACUUCAGUGUGAAAGUGAGUUACUUUGGGUCCAGUCUGACAGGGAGGACUCUUGUUUGUCUCUUAUGCAAAAAUAUUCUGUAGACUAAAGCUGAGGCAAUAAUCUUAUAUAAACUUGAGAACUUUGUGGUACUUCAAAGGUAUUGAUUGGCCAUUGUGACAAUCUAUACAUACAACAUAGAUGCAUAUUUAAGAACAGGGGCUAGUGAAAGGAAAAAUGAAAUGUGCUUGAAUGCUUCUGGAACAUCCAGUUAUAUCCAAUCAUGCAAGAACUGGUUGGUCAAACCAGUUUCGCCAUAGUCAGUGUGAGCCUGAAACAAAACCCAGCUUCCACAGGUUUUGUGGUCAGAGAAGGUAUUUGGCAAAGUAUGUCUUGAAACAUGAAAGUGUCAUUUUACUUGCCUUUAAUAAUGUUGCACAAACUUCUCAAGGAAAAAACUUUUAAGAUCAUAUUAUUUUCUGGGUUUUGAAGCUCGAUUUUAGGUAGGUGCUGCUCAACCAUAUCAAACUCAUUUGGCUCCUUUCUUCUGCUAAGACUACAGUCACUUUACAGCUAACUCACAUGGAGUUGCCUUACGUCACAUGCUUUUCCCUGAGGUUUUCCCUGGUUUAUCUCAAUUUCAUUAUUUUCUAAACUGAAAAUUUUACACCUUACUGAUUUUUGUAGUUUGAGGAAAGUUGAGAAACAACAGUUUAUAAGCCUGUGAGCCCUUACCACUUGAAUGAAGCUUAAGGUCCUAUUUUUUGAGUCAGGUUUCUGCUGGCAAAAGCGUUUUUGCAUUUUCCAGCACCCAAAUAGUUGCAUCUUCUUUUUUUUUUCCUCUUGGACCUGCGUAUCUUCCAUUCACCUAAUGCCACUGGACAGAUGUUUAGUUACUGAUGGUUUUCUAUCAGCCUUAAUUUGCUUUUGUUGAUGGUGACUUCUGUUAAGAGAAAAUCUCCUUUAUAUAUUCAGAAGAGAAGUUGCAAGUGAAAUCCUAAAGGUGCUAAAGUCUUUCAUAAGGUCUGGUAUCAAAUGGUUUAUGUAUUUACACUUUUGUGUAAUGUUAUCAGAACAGAGGGAAGAAAAAGGCUAAUGGAAUACAAAUUUAAAAGCCCAUUUAGUGAACUCACAAACUGUUUAAAGACAGGCAUCAGCUUUGCUGUAUCCCCGUAAAUCCCAUACAAAAUAUUUCUCUGUAGCAUGUUAUGUAAAUGAACAGUAUGUGGUUUCCUCAGCAUUUUCAUUAAUUUUAUUACUCCAUUAGAGAUAAUAUAUGAUUGAAUGAGUAUAUACAGUUCAAAACCUUUGCUGGUAAACACUUGCUCAUUUGGAUAAAGAACUUGAAGAUUUUGUUCAUGCAAAUCUUAAAACCAAUUCAGCUCAUUUAACUACAGAAUUUUAAACAAAUGUGAGAAAUCUUACUUUAGUUUUGGUGUAUUAUUGCUCAAACAAUGUAAUGGCCCAUGGGCUCUUUUCUGAAGCAAAGCUUCAGUCCAGAUUACUUUGUAGGUCUAGUUACGUAGUAACCCUACUUACUUCAGGAAUAUCACAGUUCUGGACAAGAAUAAACUACUCCUGGAAUAUUUUUCAAAUAAUAACAUCCCAUUAUUUAAUAUACUGGCAAUAGUAGAAAUGGUUUAACAAAUCAGUACCAUUCUUGUAUGGGCAUUUGUUAAUUCCAUAUUUUAACUGGUUUCAUUGCAUUAAUGAAGUGCACUAUGAGACUUAUUUUUUCACAUUGGAUUGUUUGUUAUGUUGGACCCUUUAUUUUUACUGCCUUUCAAUUUCAAACCAGAAAUUAGAUGAGCAGAAUUUGAUGUCCAGCAUGUUCUGAGUGCCAGCAGAGCUGUUUCCCUGAAGGAGACACACACUUUUUGUAUCCUGCAUGUCCAAACUUGCUGUUUAUUAUCUAGAUUAGUGAAAUUGUAUGAUUGCACCUCUGGCUCCAAUUAAACCUCUUCUAAUUUAGAUUAAGAAAAUAUUAACUUAGUUGCUCUUGUUGACUUUUUCCCUAUUUAAUACUGUAAUAGCUUCCUGAUUUUUUUUUUUUAAAUACAGCAAUUGCAUGCUGAUCUUUCAUAGUUUCUGUUGUGAAACCUUAUGUUUCAUGUCUUUUGAAAGAAGCCCCAGACUUUUGUCUGGAUUUUAUGUAGAAUUUUUAAAAAUAUACUCACCCCUCUGUUCACAGUCCCAUUAAUGUGGAGGAGGGUUUGUGUUCGUGCUGCUGCAGUGAACUGACCCCAGCAAAUGAGUGCCAUGAACUUUGGGUGCAAGUGGCCUUCCUGAUUCUAUUUGUUAUGGCUUUUCAUUCCUACCCAUGCCAGCGUAUUUUUACCAGAUGUGUAAAGUCCUGUGUGUUUCAGGAAGUCAAAGAAUGCAUGGAUAAACAGGAUAGCCCUAGCAGCUAGAGCUGAAGCAGUCUGUGUUCAAUACUCACAGCACUGACUUAGGAAAAAUGACCCCAGUCCUCUGAAAGCUGCAUUGCUCAGCUGUGGAGUGUCCCAUUAAGAUGACAACAGCUACCUCUCGGAGGUUGGGAUGAAUAUUGUUUUGCUGAAUUCCUGUCUUGGAUCUCAUUACUAUUCCAUAUCCCAUGCCUGCUAGCCUCAUAUGCUGACAAAAUACUACUGCUAAUAAAACACUACAUUUAUUUACAAAA